AUGGCGCAAUCAGCAGCGCCCAACAACCCCUUCAUCAAGCAACUCGUCCACAAUGACCGUCAAGUUCGCGACAAAGCCGUAGCCUCUCUCCGCACAUUCCUCUCCCGCAACACGCCCUUCAGUUCCCUCGACUUUCUAAAACUCUGGAAAGGCCUCUUCUACUGCAUGUGGUCCUGCGACAAACCCGCUCCUCAACGCCGUCUCGCCCUCGAUCUCUCCGCCCUCGUCUCCCUCCUCUCCACCCGUCAAAACUUCCUCGGCUUCAUGCGCGCAUUCUGGCAAACCAUUUCUCGCGAAUACACCGGUAUUGAUUCCUUGCGCAUGGACAAGUUUCUGUUCAUGAUUAGAAGCUAUGUGAACGCUGGUUUUGCGUAUUGCGCCAAAAACAACUGGAAAGAUACAGAGACGAGAAAAGAGUAUUUGGAUUUGUUGAGGGAGAUUCCGUUGAAUCCUAGGGAUCCCAAGGUGCCGAAUGGAUUGAAGUACCAUGUCAUUGAUGUCUAUGUUGAUGAGUUGGAGAAGGUGGGGGAUGACAAGGCGCCGUAUGAGGAGUUGAUGGCACCGUUGGUGGAGCUGGGAGAGAAGGCUGUGCUUAAGAGUGUGAGGAAGAAGGUCGAAGAGGCUUUGGAUGAUGAAAGAGCAAAGGAGUGGUUGGGCAUUGAGGAGGAGGAUGACGAGGAGUUGAGUGAGGCCGAGGAAGAGCUCGAUGAUGAGGAGGAUGAAGAUGAGGAGUUUGGCGGCUUUGACGAUUGA